CGGCCGCCCGGCACAAGAGGAGCCACCGCGGAGCGCGCGCCAGGGGCCACGUUCGGGCCGAGAACGACGAGUUGCUUAUGAUGAUGACCUACUCCAUGGUGCCGGUCCGUGUGAUGGUGGAUUUAUGUAACAGCACAAAAGGGAUAUGCUUAACAGGCCCUCCAGGCUCCCCAGGGCCUCCUGGACUUGAUGGAUUACCUGGCUACAAUGGAUCAGAUGGCAUCCCUGGCAUCCCAGGGCCAAAGGGGGAACCAGGAGUAAGUGGAAGAAGAGGAAAAAUAGGUUUACCAGGACCAAAAGGCGAUCCAGGAGAGAAAGGAGAAAAAGGAGACCCUGGUGAACUGGGCUUACCUGGCAAAGAUGGGAUGCCAGGAGGGAAAGGGUCAAGAGGAGCAAAGGGGGACAAAGGGGAUGCAAACAAUGACGUGAUAUCAGAAGGUGCAAAGGGGGAGCCAGGGCCUCCAGGACCCCCAGGGCCACAAGGUCCUCCCGGGCCACCAGGGAAGCGCAAAGCAAAAUCCCAGGUUCAGGAGAAUAUGUACAGCAGUAAGUGCACAGGUGAGACAUGUGCCAUACCAAAUGAUGACACACUGGUAGGAAAAGCUGAUGAGAAAACCAAUGGAUACCAUCUAAAAAAAGCUGAAUGCAUCAUUAAAUCAAUAGGAAGUCCCACUGAGAUGGCUAAGAUACAGCAAACGUUUGGAACAUGGAUGAGGGAACCUGCAAAUAGAAGUGAUGAAAGAAUUUGGCUUACGAUGCAUUUUUCAGGAAACUUUAUAAAAGAAUAUGAGAAUGCAAACGCAUUGCUGAAUGACAGCUACAGGAUCAUUAACGUCACGGGGAUCUUUUAUGGAUGUGGCCAUGUGAUAUACAACAACUGUCUAUACUAUCAAAAAGGAGGAACCAGGGUCAUUGUGAAAUUUGAGCUUGAUACAGCAUCAUUCAGAACCCUGACAAUUGAAAAUGCCUUACACGAUGGUCGCCACUACCUCUUUUCUAACGCCAAGACGUACUUCAAAGUGGCAGUGGAUGAAAACGGUCUUUGGAUUAUCUAUGCCUCAAGUAUUGAUGAAAAUAUCAUUGUAGCACAUAUUGACGAAGAGACAUUUUCAGUCGUUCAACAUAUCAACACUACAUACCCCAAGUCUAAAGCUGGCAAUGCAUUCAUAGCAUGUGGAGUGCUAUAUGUUACUGAUACUAAGGAUAUGAGGGUAACUUUUGCUUUUGAUUUGUUGAGAGAGAAGCAAAUCGAUGCAAGCUUUGAGUUAAGAUCGGCACACUCUGUUCUUGCUAUGCUUUCGUAUAGUCUAAGAGAUAGAGAUUUGUAUACAUGGGAAAAUGGCUAUUUAAUGCAAUACUCUGUACAUUUUGACAGCUGAAUGCAAUUUUAAAAUGAUACAUCCUGCUGGCUGUAUUGGGCUAAGUAGGUUAUUUAAAGCUAUGUCCUAUAUAUCUCCUCCCUGCAGUAUACACACACAUUUUCUAUUGAAGGUUAGUGGUUGUUUGUGUGUGCAUAAAGGGGAGACCAGACUCCUUUGUGUCAUUUACAUAUACUUAAAUUCUAUAGGCAAUUCUUAGCUUUAUAGAGAAAGAGCUGUGUGUUAGAAACUUAUUUUUGUUUUUUCCCUACCAUGCAGCCAUAAUUAUAUCUACUGUAUACUGAUUAUUCUACAAUACUAUGUUCAAUAGGGUCUGUUUCUACUCUUAAUUGCAGACAGUAAUUGCAAAUUAUCUUCUAGUCAGUGAUUAUAGCUUAGUAUAAAUGUCUAAACAGUGUUUACAAAUAAGCUUCUUUGUAUCAUUUCCAUUUAAUUCUUUGCAUCAACUCUGAAUUCUGUUUAGUUGUGAUAUUUUUUUAAAAAUUGAUGAUCAGGGAGAGUAAUUUUUGUACUAAAGUAAAUAUCGUAAAGACCAAAGUAAUAGCUUAUUAAAAACUCAUUCUAUAUUUAUAAGUCAAAAUAGAAUAGAAAAAAGCAAGAAUCCUGAAAUUUGACAAAUCUGGCUAGCUACUAAAUAACCAAAAAGCAAAUAGAGAGGUGAUGCAAAUGAUGGCUAGUGAAAUGUGAACUUAGGGGGAGGAGGUGUUACAACAGGAAAUAUAGUCAGAGCAGGUGAAGCUCGUUUUAUUUAACAUUUUUUUCAAUUGCUUAUCUUGAGCUAACCUCAUCUUUCUCACAAUUUAAUGGAAGUGUAAAUUGGGCCCAAAUUUACACAAAACUCCUAGUCACAAAUGAAGACUGUACUGUCAUAAUAUAAAAAACCCCAACAACCUACAACUUUGAAUGAGAGUGAAUGUACUGGUCAAAGUGCUUGAUGAUGAAAUUGGUUGUCCUACUUGACUUUAGUCUUGGAUUACAUUCAAAUACAUGUGUUGUGGAAAAUUGAUCACACUGUUGAUUUUGGAUCACACAGCCUGAGGCUCCUUUAUUUCAUACAAGCAUACAUGCAGGGAGAGUCAGCAUGGCCUCGUGCAAGAAACGAACUGCUCUGCUCUCCACAAAUUUUACCAAGCUUUUAAAGGCUAAAACUGCAAGUACGUAACAUGCUCGAUACAUUUUCAAUUGCCUUAUUUGGAAUACAACGUUAAUCAAGAGCAAGCUUAAUAAUUAGUUUUCCAUAUACGGUUUUUCCUGUUAUUGUUAUCCCUAGCCAAGUUUGUGGGUUGACUGUUCUAACACCUUUUCUGUAGUACUGAAAGCAAGCUCAGCUGUUGUAACUUAACAGAUCUUCUGGUUCCCCUUUAUCCAAUUCCAGUUCCUCUUUUUGGGGCCCUGACCACAUCUUUCUGCCCCUGCAUGCCCUUUGUACAGAAAAGCAAGCCUAGCUGAAGCUCUUAAGUUUCAUAGCCUUGUAAAAAGGCCUAAGGCAUUGUGUUGGGGGGUGGUCAUCACUUGUCCCUAACACAUGAUAGUUGCAGCUAAGAAAGUAUAGCCAGGAACUUUUGAUCUUGAUCACUAGGAAAAAUGACAUUUUAGAGGCGUGAAGGGAUUAAGUUUGUUUGGCCUUCAAGAAUAACGUAUUUAGUAGUUUGACUACUAGCAACUAGGCCAUGUAGCUUUUUGUUUAAAUUGCUAGGUUUGAAACUCUGCUCCAUUUCAUAUUGCUUGAGCCUGAUUUGUCACGGGCUUGAGACCUGCAUAGUCAUGUAGUCGCACUUGCACAAAGCAGGUGUAAUAUAUUACCAGUUAGAAAGGUAGCAUUUAACACUUACUUUUAAAUGGGUGUAUAUGAUAGCACAAUGCAGAGGCGAAUCAGGCCUUUGUGUUUAAGGCAAAUAGGCCAGAGUUUCAACAACCAUGUGUUCAACAGCACUGUAUGAAGGAAUUUAAUUAACUUCAGAUCCAUUGGUAUCUUUACAAGCUGAUAAAAACAAAUCAACAGUUCCCAGGAACAGCUGUACCAGCCAGCUGCUAGUGCAUAUCUCAUUUGAAAAAAGAAAAGCACAUUGGAUAUGAUUAUCAGACCUAUACUAUGUUAAACUGAGAGUUUGGCCUAAAAAGCCUCACAGGAUGGAAACCUCCCCCAUCAAUGCAGGGCUAACACUAGCAAUUUGCCCCUGCCCAUCUCAAUGCCCACACACUAAAAAGAAGUCAGCACCACCCUUUCAAAUUAAACACCAGGCAAAGGAACAUUGUUGAAUGAGUUAUAUUCUCAGUGUCAUUCAUAUUUUUUUAAGUUGUCACAAAAUAGUGAUGUGCCAUCUACAAUGUAUCUUACUGUCUAUAGAAAAAGGUAGGGUAUUUAUGAGCAACAGCUUUCUGUGAUGAUUUGGGGAAAUUUUCUGUGGACAACAAAUGAAUUCUGUUGAAAUUAUGGACAUCUGUAUCAGCCUGGAGCUGCCAUGUUGAAUGUGGGAGUUGGCUACCUCCUCUGAUGGUUUACCUCUUGGAAAACCACCAAGGGGGGUAGUGGCACAGGGCUAACAAUGUAAGGUUGUUAAAUCUUGAUAGUUCUCUAGUCAAAUAGGAGGCUCCUAAACAAAAGGCUGAGUUCUCCCAGAAGUUAGUUUAUCAGGGGAAUCACCUGGUGAGAGGGCUGUGCUCACCUGUUGUGGAUGAUCAGAUGGUCACAUGACAGAGGAGACUGGUAGUUUAUAAAAGGACAGGAGGGCAGUCCUCUGGUUUUUUGGUCAUUUUUCACCACCUUAAGCUGUUGGAAGCUGUUUCAGGAGCUUGAGGAGGACAAGGCUUACUGAUCACAGUUGAACCCCACCAAAGACUUCCAAGGUAAGGGUGAACUAGAGUGAAAGGCACUGCAGGUGAAGUACUUGUUUUCUCUGUGUGAUCCUGUACUUUGUCUCUUAAGAACUGAAUUGUGACUAUGUAAACAACUAACUUAUUUUAAAAGGGAGCAUAAAAAUAUACAUAAGUAGGCAGAGUAAUGAGCAUUCCUACUCACAAAUAACACCCUCAAUUCCAUAUAAGUACAUUCUUCCCAUUUCUAAUCUAUUAUAUUAGGAUGGCUACCACAAUGCUUCCUCCUUAACUGCAUCAAUGACUGAUUUCCAAAUGGUGGGAGGAACAGAGCUCUAUAGUUUAAAGCACAUUUUAAGCUUUCUGAAUGAACUCUCUACAUAUACUGUGUGUGUAUGUGUAUAUAUAUGUUAAACUUCUGAACCCAAGUUCCUUUGCCUUUAUGGGUUUCAGCUGAAAGUUCAUCUUCACAUAACCAUAGUAAAAAUCAUUAUCCAGACAAAGCAUGGGGGGAUCUUACAUAUAACAUCUCCCCCUCCACCCCAACAAAAAGAAGUGCUCUCUUAAUGGGAAGGUUGCUCAAUGAUUUGCUGUAAACAUAAUCACUAAAACAUGCAGUGAAAACAAAAAAAAGUAGGUGUCCUAAGGAUGCAUUACUGCCUGAAGUUUGCUUUUCCUUGAUGUUUAUAAGUUGAAGUCAGAUUCUUUAGUAUUGUUUGAACGUGUUCUGUGUGUAACAAGUGCCCGGGUAUGUAACAACCUACUUUGAGUUAUGUUAAAGCUUUUCAAAAUAUGCAGUGGUUAGGUGAAGCAGGAACUGCUGCCAGUAACAAAUAUCAGAAAUAUUAAAUAUCAUUGUCAUUUGCUGCACUGUAUUUUAAUUCAUUUUUGUGAGUAACAUCCUCAAGUUGCAAGUUC